AUGGCGCCCGGCCAGCCCUUUGACCUGAAGUUUAAUGUAGAGAUCGGCGGCGGCGAGCGCGUCACGCUCUGCGGCGCCGCGAGCUUUGACGCCGCCGUGUUCUGCGCGUCCCUGACCGCCGCGCGCCGCGUGGCGGCGACGCCGGCAGCCAGGUGGGCGCGCCGGCGCGCGCGGGUCGCGGCGGCGGCGAAGCGCUUCAUCGUGGCGGCGCUGUUCGGCGUGCCGCCGGGCGCCGGCAUGAGCAUAGUGGAUGCGUCCGUGCCCGGCCGCGCCGCCGUCAGGGCCGCCCCUGGCCGCGCGCCCGGCUGCCAGCCGGCGGAGGCCCUCGGCGCCGCGGCGUCCGGGUCGUCGGUUGGCGCCCAGAGGUGA